GAGAGAAGAAAGAACCAAGUCAGAGCUCGCUGUAAUUUAUAGCUUCUCAACCAAAAAAAAGACGCACGGAAAUUACGCAAAUUACGCACGGCUUCCAGUUUGGAUGUCUUUGUUUCAGACUUGUGUUGCCUCUUUGGGAAUGUAGUUGCAUUCUUGAGAACAUAUCAAGAAGCCAUUUGUUGUUACUAGUUGAUGAGAGAAGUGAAAGCCGUUGAGGCUCCGUUUCCUGUUUGCCAGCGCGCUGCAGCUGGCUGAAGAGCCCCGCAGGGCUGACUGAGCCGGUCCUCCUUCCCCGCUUCAGACCAGAGCCACUCCGCUGCCAGUCCGCUCACAAACUCGCUGGAAAAAUGUGCGACCUGAUGCCAGCAUCCCAGCCCCCGGAGAAAAUGGGCAAAAUGAAAAAGUUGAGGAGAACUUUGUCCGAGAGUUUCAGGAGUAUUGCUUUCAAGAAAGAGGACAGCAGCUUUGAUGAGAUAUGUGUCACAAAGAUGUCCACACGCAGCUGCCAGGGAACGGACUCGGUCAUCAAGCCCCUGGACACCAUCCCUGAGGACAAGAAGGUGAGAGUGCAGCGCACACAGAGCGGCUUCGACCCAUUCGAGAAGCCCGCCAGUCAGGUGAAGAGGGUCCACUCGGAGAACAAUGCCUGCAUCAAUGCCAAGAGCUCAUCCGCAGGCAAGGAGUCGCCCAAACUGCGUCGACACUCCAGCCCUAGCUCUCCUACAAGCCCCAAGUUUGGAAAGGCAGAUUCCUAUGAAAAGCUGGAGAAACUGGGAGAGGGUUCAUAUGCUACAGUUUAUAAGGGAAAGAGCAAGGUGAAUGGAAAACUGGUGGCUCUGAAGGUGAUUCGUCUGCAAGAGGAGGAAGGGACUCCCUUCACAGCUAUUCGAGAAGCAUCUCUUCUGAAAGGCCUGAAACAUGCCAACAUUGUGCUCCUCCAUGACAUCAUCCACACGAAGGAAACCCUGACUCUGGUCUUUGAAUAUGUGCACACAGACCUGUGUCAGUACAUGGACAAAUAUCCUGGAGGUCUCCAUCCAGACAAUGUGAAGUUGUUCCUGUUUCAGUUACUGAGAGGCCUCUCCUACAUCCACCAGAGGUACAUCCUUCACCGCGACCUGAAACCACAAAACCUGCUCAUCAGUGACACUGGAGAGCUCAAACUUGCUGACUUUGGCCUGGCCAGGGCCAAGUCGGUCCCUAGCCAUACCUACUCCAAUGAGGUGGUGACCCUCUGGUACCGACCUCCAGAUGUCCUGCUGGGAUCCACAGACUACUCCACCUGCCUGGACAUGUGGGGAGUGGGCUGCAUCUUCAUUGAGAUGAUCCAAGGAGUGGCUGCCUUUCCUGGGAUGAAGGACAUCCAGGACCAGCUGGAGAGGAUAUUCUUGGUCCUCGGCACCGUAUCUGAGGAUACCUGGCCUGGUGUUAACUCUUUGCCUCACUUCAAACCAGACCGAUUUACAGUGUACAGCGCUAAGAAGCUCAGACAAGCGUGGAAUAAGUUGGGCUAUGUGGACCAUGCUGAGGAGUUGGCUUCCAGGUUCCUCCAGUGCUUCCCAAAGAACCGGCUGUCAGCCCAGGCAGCGCUGAACCACGAAUACUUCAGCAACCUUCCUCCACGGCUCUGGGAGCUGCAGGACAUGUCUUCAAUCUUUACUGUACCAAAUGUCAAGCUGCAGACAGAGAGCGGGGACAGCAUACAGGUGUGUGCACGACGGAAUAGUCAUGGAAAGACAUCUUCUGGCAGCAAACACUGACCUGAGGCAGCAUCCUGCACAUGAUCGCCUGACAGGUGGCUGUUGUAUAAAGAAACAGGUAAAAAGACGAAGACAAAGAUGCUGAGAUGGAGGAUCCAAACGAAUGGAAGAGCCCCAGUUCUCCUUAUUUAUUACCUUCCCAAUAUGUGGGAGCGUGAGUGUAUGUGUGUGAGUGUGUGCUGUGUGCAUGAGGAAGAGUUAGCAUUGAGUAUAGCAUUAUGAACGGUACCUACGAUUUCAGGCUAUCAUCUGCAAAUCAAAUUUUGUUUACUUUUUAUAAGCUUCCAAUAACUCAUAUAUCAUUGUCACAGUACAAACAAAAGGACGUUACUAUUGUUUUGUGUUUUGUGUUUGUAACUAGCCUCCUAUUUAAGAAUGUAUAUUUGUAUGUAUGAUAUACUCAUCUAGAAACUAUAUAAUGGACAAUUUUAAUAUUGCUUCACCUUCUCUCCACUAUACUGCUUAUGCCAUGACACAUAACUCAACAAACACAUAUAGCAGACAUGCACACAAGCAAAAAAACAUUAACAAAAAGUAAACAAAAACAAUGCAGUCCAUUCAAAGGAAAACAUUUUAAAAAGUUAGUUAGGGCCCAUGCAGGAACAACUUGCGAGGUCCCUAUUUUUCGAAUGAUUAUUCUUUUUUUUUUUUCUUUUUUAUUAUUCUGCCCAAAUGAUCGCAUUUUUCACUGCCUGAACCUACCCCAAAACUCACCAUGUAUAAGUCACACAUAGCGAAAACUUGUAUAAUCUAUUGUCAUCCUGAAUUUCCACCACGCGGUGGCACUAUAAUAAAGGAAAGUGCGUUUUAGCUAAUAACUCCCAAAUACUUUAUCGCACAUUCAAAAACCUUAUAUCCACGCCUUCCCUGAGUUGUGCUGAAUCUCGUGAUAUAGGCCACGUCCCUCUUUCACCUACCUUUGUUUUUCUCGCAAAUUCUCGAAAUGUCGUAAAAAACGACUUUUUCGAACUUCUCCUUGGCAAUUUCAUCGCUUUGCACCAAACUUUGCAUCGCAUCUAUGGACUGUCAUGACAAAAAUAAUUUUGAUAUUCUAAAGAAUAAUGCCUGUUCAGUCGUGCUUGCAGGCCUAGUUUUACAUGUAUUUCUAUAUUACCAGAUUCAACUAAUUUGUGGAACAGACAUCAGUAAUAAUGCAAAUAUUAAUCGAGGGCUUUCAAUUGGUGGAACACCUCCUCUGGCAGCCAUAUUGGAGGUCUUCGGUUCUUUGCAAGCUGAGUGCAACUCUGCUGACUCAGCAGUGAUAGAACAAAGUUAAUAUGCGUCUAGUUUAAAGGUUUCAUUUACUAUUUAAUGACUGAUAUGUGACUGGUACAUGUGGUACAUCUUUGUCCGACUUUUCUCUCAUUUCCCAGCAAGUGGAUUAAGGUUGCACAUUUAUACAUUUUCGAAAGAAACUGAUUUUUCACAGCCUUAUUUUUGUGUUUGUGAUCAUCAUUUUCAUCAGUUGUCAGAAUAUUUUUCUCACAGAUAGCAUUCAUUUAGGAACCACACUGUAAAACAAUAAUGCGCACUAAGUAUGCAACAUGUUGAGUUGGGAUGCUGUGGAAAACGUAAAUAAAAAACAGAAUGCAAUUAUUUGAAAAACCUUUUUAACAUGCAUUCAAAUUAAUACAGUACAAAGACCUCAUGCUCAAAAUGUUUUACUUUUGUUUCAAAUAUAUAUAUAUUUACACUCAUUCUGGAUUUAAUGCAUUCUGUUUGUAUUUGUGUGCAUGAGACAUCUUAGUCCAAAGUCUAUGGGCCCUAACUUAUACCCGGCGCACAGCACUGUCUCUUUCAUAAUCUUACACUAUCACUUUAUCGCUAAUUUCACAGUUUUUCACACCCACCACAUUGUGUACGUAUUUAUGACAAUUUGUGCACACGUGGGCGUGUGUGUCAGGUGCAUUGUUAGCUCAUUACUAUAUUGAGGCAUUAGAAAGCGAUUAUUUCCUGCUAUUAACUGUUAAGGCUGCACAAGGUUCACAAUGCACUUACAAUCUGCUUUUUACAUUCUAGUGAUGUGUAGAUUAUAGUUAUGUCCGCAGGCACGGCAGACCAGCAUAAUUUAACAUUUGAUUUAUAGCAGGUGAGUUGUGGUUGGUUGUGGUCUUCAGGGCCUGGUACAUGUGAAGUUAAACAUAAUCCAUGGAAAUGAUGGCCAAGACUGCAAAAGUGACCCUGGUUGUAGAAUAAUGCUAGUAAUAAGGACUCCUUUUACUCUUUUCUAAUGGGCCUCCAUGAUGGAACCAGACCUGACUGACAUGAGUUGUGUUGCAACUGAAAAGCCUCUCUAAAAUAAAUGAUCUGCUGGAGAUGUUGAAGGUGCACACAUAAGGAAACAGGGACAGCACCAACCAGUGUGUGUGUUUGACAGAUGUGUGUGUGUGUGUGUGUGUGUGUGUGUGUGUGUGUGUGUGUGUGUGUGUGUGUGUGUGUGUGUGUUAAACAUGGGCAAUAGCUAAGCAUUGGGGCUUCCAUCCAUUCAUAUGAGCUAAUGUACAAAAGGUAAAACACCAAGGCAAUAGGUUGAGUGGCCUAUUGUUGGAUCCAACCCACGACAAUCCUCAGUUUCACUUUAUCUGAUGCCAUCAAAGUUCUGCAAUAUUUUAUUAGAAAUAAAUGUCAAUAACAGCAACAUUUUGUUAAGCUUGUGAGUCAAAUGUUAAGAUUUUAGGAGGUUUUCUUAUCUGACAAAUCAAACAAGUGUAGGGAUGAAUGCUCUCAGUGUGUGGUAGUGUGUGUGCAGUAUGUGUACUGUAGGUGGUGAUUAACUUUGAUUAGUCCCGGCACCACCAACACUUAAUGCAGAGACUUCCUCUAUAUGUGUGCCCCUCAACAUCCUACACAUUCUAAAUGUUUUGCAACUUUUUAUUACACAAUGAUGAAGGUUGGAUGUAUAACGUAAGAUCAUCUGCAAAGAUGUUUAUACUGUUUUAUGGUCUUUCUUUUGAUGUUUUGUGUGAAAAUAUCUGAAUAUUACAGCUUAGAUGUAUGGUGAUAAUUGUGAAGUACUAUCAAUUCAAUGGCUUCCUACUUAUGUAUCAGUUUGAAUUGACUGAAACAAUAACAUUGGCCCUGCACUGUUGAUUAGCUGAAGUGAUAAGGGCUCCAAAUGUGACAACAUGAUAAUUGGAAACUGUGUAUACCUAUCAUGUCGCUCCACGGCCUAACACACACACUAACACACACACUCACACACUCACAUUUAUAAUAUAGAUGUCUUCAUGAUAACCUUCCUGCACCCAUCUAGUCCUUUCAGCUUAAGUACAGUAUAAACCUGCAGCCUCUCCAAGCCCCCCUCCAACUGGAAUUUGCUUUGCAUUCUGUUGCUUUCAAGGAAAGGUUUGGAUGUUUUCAUGUCUCUCUUAAUACAACACUCAAGUGAUGCAAUAGACCAGCCAUGAAGUGAUUCUGUUUAUCUUGAUCCGACCACAUCCUAAUAUUGCAUACCAGUACUGUAUGGAAAUGCAUAACAUUUGCAUUAUUUUUGUGUGUGCCAUUUUUCUGGAAAUUCAGUUAAAACCUGUGCAACAUUUGGAUAGAAGGUACUAAAUAUAUUAGUUUUGGCUGUACUCUGGAUUUAAUUUUUGCACAGAAUAAGGACUGUUUUUUUCCACUAUUUUUACAGUGUAGCCACUUGAGUUUAGAUUGACCUGAACAUAUCUGAACAUAUCCUUUACAGUGGGAAACGCAUUGAAGAGAAAGAACUGGGGUCUUAAAGCGAUUUUGCAUUUUACCAUGACUGUGUUCCAGUCCAGCUUCUUCGACCUUAGAGGGUAGUGGCUCUCAGGCAAAAUAAAUAAUAAUGGACUAGACUCUCCCCAAUUACGCUUUGAAAAUGCACUUUAAAGAAAAAUGUCUUUGCCCCACAUUCCAGCCUGUAUGAUUACUUUUAUGCACUUGCUUUGCCCUCAAUUAUAUGUAUAUAUAUAUAUAUAUAUAUAUAUAUAUAAAGCAUAUACCCUUGCUUUGCCUGAUGCAAAGCCAAUCAGCCCUUCUAAUAGAUAAAUAAAUAUAAUAAAUAUAAUCCCUUGUUUUGAACUUUUACCAGAGAUUGAGGAGAGCUCAUAGAAAUACAGUACUUGAAGGUAUCUUGCGGCUUUUCAGUGUCAUCCCCAGGCUAUGAUUGUGCGGCAGAAAAAAGGGGAGGAGAGGGGGUGGGUAAUGCCAGUAAAGCAGCGUGACAGAAGAGGGUUAAUACCAUCUAACUGUGCUAGGAUUGCCCAGCCUCAUGUGGCUUUAAGGGAUUGCAGGCAGUAUUAUAAAUUUAUUAUGAAAUAAUUAUUUUUGGCAUGUUUCUCCUUGUGCACACUUUUGGUGUGGCACAUAUCGCUUUGUUUGCCCAUCAACACUAUUACUUCUAUGGCGCUUUGAAAGCCUGCAGUCUUGUACAAAAACUUAUUUUUGAGUCCUGUGUGGGCAGAGUUUCUGAAGGAACUCUGGUCAAACAUGAAUGUUCUUCAUAUUUUUCAAGUAGAGUCCAGUGAAGGAAAGACUUGGUGGAAUUGCACAUUUAGCACUGUGACAGGAAAAAUAGAAAUGUCAAAGGUGGAAAUUGAUAAGGUGGUGCCACACCUUCUAUUAAGUGAAAUAGUGAGGCUUUCACUAUGUUUGUAUACAGGGUUGCAGAAGUCCCCUUAAAGCUAUUUAGAGACAACUUAUAUGAAUAAACACAUAGGAUGAAUAUAAAUAUAAGGCAUCUAUUUUUGGCAUUCUUUAUCAUGUGGACAGAAGUGGUUUCAUUAAGAAAAAACAUAUAAAGUGGAUACAACGUGCAUCCUUGCUGUGCUGAACAAUGAGUCUGUGUUUGCAACUUUUUUUCAACAAAGCUUCUCUAGCAUUCUGUUUUUCUUUUUGUAUGCUGCACUGAAAAAAUACAUCAUUUUCACAAGUGGUUUGGAAAACAGAAGUGUAGUCAGUCACUUCAUCAAGUGAAACAAUAUAGUAUACGGUAGAAUAGCUGUUGCAUUAUUUGUUACAACCUGUAUGUAAUGUUAUUAUGGAAGAUGUAAUGUCCUUCUGUAAAUGUUGUUUAAUGUUGUUUUACCUGAAAUAAAAUUUAUUAAUGCUU